UGACUCCUCUGUUUACAGGCAUCCGGAGAAACAUGGAGGACACCGCUGGCAGUAAUCCCCAAUCUCUCGGAUUUACAGAGAAAUUAAAGUCUUGGCUCUCUUGGUCAUGGACUUACGUGUGCUUCAUCUGGUUCGGCAUGGUGCUGAUCAUGGUGUACGUGCUGUGGAGCCCGCUCAAACUGCAGGAAACUCUUACCUCAGCCUCAGUGUUUUUGAACACACUGACCCCCAAAUUCUACGUGGCUCUCACUGGGACCUCCUCUCUCAUCUCUGGACUCAUCCUUAUAUUUGAGUGGUGGUAUUUUCGUAAAUAUGGGACCUCGUUCAUUGAGCAAGUGUCCGUGAGCCACCUGCGUCCUCUUCUGGGUGGAGUAGAGAGCAGCUCCACGACUGGUCUGUUUGCAUCAGUUAAUGGAGAGGCAGAGCCUAGACCCAGUGUUUCAGAGUGUAAGGUCUGGAGGAACCCUCUGAAUCUGUUCAGAGGAGCAGAAUACAACAGGUACACCUGGGUAACAGGGAAGGAACCCUUAACAUACUAUGAUAUGAACCUGUCUGCUCAAGACCAUCAGACCUUCUUCACAGGAGACACUCCGCAGUUAAGGCCAGAAGAUGCUGUGAUGCAGAAAGCCUGGAGAGAGAGAAAUCCUCAAGCCAGGAUCAGAGCAGCUUACCAGGCCAUAGAAAUGAACCACGAAUGUGCUGCAGCCUAUGUACUCCUGGCAGAGGAAGAAGCCACAACUAUCACAGAAGCUGAACGCCUCUUCAAAAAAGCACUAAGUAUCGCUGGAAAAGAUAUAAACUUACUGGUGUACAUAAAACGCAGACUGGCAAUGUGUGCACGCAAACUGGGACGGAUUAAAGAAGCAGUAAAAAUGAUGAGAGAUUUAAUGAAGGAGUUCCCCCUGUUGGGGAUGUUAAAUAUACAUGAAAACCUCUUGGAGGCACUUCUAGAGCUUCAAGCAUAUGCUGAUGUUCAAGCAGUCCUAGCAAAAUAUGAUGACAUCAGCUUGCCAAAAUCAGCCACUAUAUGCUACACAUCUGCGCUGUUGAAAGCACGGGCUGUAUCAGAUAAGUUCUCUCCAGAGGCCGCGUCAAGGCGAGGGCUAAGCACAGCAGAGAUGAAUGCUGUGGAGGCCAUACACAGAGCCGUCGAGUUCAAUCCACACGUGCCAAAGUACUUAUUGGAGAUGAAGAGCCUGAUCCUGCCUCCAGAGCACAUCUUGAAGAGGGGUGACAGCGAGGCAGUGGCAUAUGCUUUCUUCCACCUGCAGCACUGGAAGAGGGCAGAGGGAGCCUUAAACCUACUACACUGCACCUGGGAGGGCACCUUCCGGAUAAUUCCCUACCCACUAGAGAAAGGUCACCUGUUUUACCCCUACCCAGGAUGCACAGAAACAGCAGAUAGGGAACUACUGCCCUCUUUCCACGAGGUGUCUGUGUACCCAAAGAAAGAGCUUCCCUUCUUCAUCCUCUUCACAGCAGGCCUUUGCUCUUUCACUGCCAUGCUGGCCAUGCUCACACAUCAGUUCCCUGAGCUCAUGGGUGUCUUUGCCAAAGCAUUCUUCAGCACACUCUUUGCACCCCUGGGUUUCUUCGCAGACAAGAUGGAAAGCUUCAUGCCGUCCAGUUUUUGGCACCAGCUGACUCGAAUCUGACCCCAUUCCACACACACACACACACACACACACACAGACACACACACACACACACACACACACACACCAGUACCACUCCAAACCCUCAAACAGAAAGUGUUUGCUCUCCUGUCUUCAGCAUUACUGUCCACUUGCUGCAUUGUUACUGAUUAUGUUAGCUGAGGUUGUAUCAACAUGGUAAUACCACUCUUAAGAUGUUCUCCCACACUGUUCCAGCAGCCAGAGUUUUUCCAAGACCACAUUUAGUGAAUACCAUUUGCAAUGAUUUCACAGGGUUAUUCAUUUGUCAUUAUGUUAGCAGUGGGCAGGUUUUUACGUAUCCCACAACGCCUGGCUGCAGAUUCUUUUGAACAAAAAUCAAAUUAGGAGUCUGUCAGAAGCACUCCCUUUUUCCAGCACAAUGACAAAUUAAAUCAUAAAAAAAAAGCUAAAUCUGCAUGUUUUUAAUGCUUCUCUAACCACUGUCUAGUCACAUGAAUUUGUUUGAAGUGGUGUGUUACUGGAAACAGAAGCAACAUGUUUACUGACUACUCGAUUCCUCCUAUUCCUCUCUUUUCUCUGCUCAAAAAGAUCCCAUCAAGUAUUUGGGAUGGGAACCUAUGUGUCCUAUCUCAGCCCUCAGUGCCCCACAGACACCCAGUGGUGUAGAUUUAAAAGUCUGUAAGGCCUCCUAAAAACAGAGCUGUGAUUUACAGCCUUGAAGUGCCUGCAGUGUAUACAACGCCUCUGCAGUUGAACAGUUGUUACCAUGGCAUGACACCUCAGCACUAUAUCACUGGGGCAACCGCCGCCCCCACAACGUUGAGAUGUAAAUGGGAUCAUCACUGGUCACAGUUAAGGCUCCUCAUGGCAUAACUCAUUUGUGCUGAUUGCACUACAGAACGGUAUAAGUCAGCGUGUUAGUCAGCUUCUCUCAUUGCCAAACAAAAAAAAAAUGAAAGAGGCACUCAUUGCAGUAGUUAUACUGAAUUACAGUAGCUCUAAGGGGGCAAAAUGAACAGACAUGUACUAUAUAUUACACAGUACAACAUACUUUUUGUGCAUACUAUGCAAAGUAAGUAUUAUUUUACUUUGUAUGUACAAAAAUCUCUUGCACUGCCUUUGACCGUCUGUUCAUUUUGCCAGAAAAUUGUACAAGUGUUGAUUUUACUGUAACAGGUUUGAUCUCCUCUCCUAAAUAAGCUGAGAUGUCAGUAUUACCUUGAUACAAAGUAUAAUAUAACAACUGGCUGAUAAUGUAAUAACCUGUCACAAACAAAUGUGCUUGGUUUGAAAUUGUAUUACAGCCUGUUAAUGUAAUAUAUAUUCCUAUUAUUAUGAACUUUUUCAUGAUUAAAGUGUAUAAAAAAAAAAAAACAGUGGUCAAUGACGAUCAUAUAAUGCAACAUCAUCUCAACUUUAUAUAACAUUAACAGGUUUAUUACAUUUUAAACCAUUUAAGGCAGACAUGUUUACUUUGUCAAGUUAUGCUCCUUGAUAGUUAUUACAUUGUUGGCGGUUAAACAAUGUAGAGUUCAUGUCCCAGGUAUACUGACAACUCUUCAUUCCACGUGUUAAAAAAAAAAAGUGACCAAGUGCCUUUUAGUACAUCACAAUAGUUAAACACACCAGUUUGGUAUUUAAUGCACCUACAAUAUUGAUGUCAAGUUUAGUGGCAACUGUGUGAAACUUUAAUGGGUUCAAUUUGAUAAAUAGAUGCCUUCAAACAUUGGAUUUUGUAACAGAAUUGUUCAUUGACCAAAUAAUUAGCAUUAUUAGAUAGUGGCCAAGUAACAAUGUUUGUGAUGUAAUGGCACAUGAAUGUGUUAUUACAGUAUGUUGCAAAUUUGGAUGAUAUUUUCAAUAACCCUGAUGUACUUCAAACUACAAAGACUCUGUUUUGCAUUUACUCUGGCCUGUAAUAUUUGACUGUUUUAAAUUUGUGACACUUGAAAUGUCUUAUUCUAUAAUGUGCAGCUGAAAUGUAACAUACAUGCGUACAUGCUGAAGACAGGAGAAUGUUUGAACGGAUGUAACUACCCUUGGUUGAGUUUGAAAGCAAAACUCGAAAAUAAAUUACUCUUUCAGUGCAA